CUGCGCUGGUGCUAGGGAUCUCAGCAGGCUAAGGGGGAGGUGCGAGUGGGUUGAAGGGACAGGUCUGGGCAGCGCUCGGUGGUUGGCACCAGUUCGCGCACCCAUUCAAGCGGCAGGACGCACUUGUCCCAGCAAUUCUCGCUGACCGCACUAGCUGCGGCUUCUGAGCUCCGGGAUACUGAGCACAUCAGCAAACGUCCUGGCGUCUGACCUCACCAUGCCUAGUCUUUGGGACCGCUUCUCGUCCUCCUCUUCUUCAUCCGCGUCUCGAACUCCCACCCCAGAUCGGCCGCUGCGCUCAGCCUGGGGGUCGGCGGCCCGAGAGGAGGGGCUAGACCGCUGCGCGAGCCUGGAGAGCUCGGACUGCGAGUCCCUGGACAGCAGUAACAGUGGCUUCGGGCCGGAGGAAGAUUCGGCAUACCUGGAUGGCGUGUCCCUUCCCGACUUCGAGCUGCUCAGCGACCCCGAGGAUGAGCACCUGUGUGCCAACCUGAUGCAGCUGCUGCAGGAGAGCCUGUCCCAGGCGCGACUGGGCUCUCGGCGCCCUGCUCGCCUGCUGAUGCCCGGCCAGCUGGUGACCCAGGUGGGCAAAGAACUACUGCGCCUGGCUUACAGCGAGCCUUGCGGCCUGCGGGGGGCACUGCUGGACGUCUGCGUAGAGCAAGGCAAGAGCUGCCACAGCGUGGGCCAGCUGGCUCUCGACCCCAGUCUGGUGCCCACCUUCCAGCUGACCCUCGUGCUGCGCCUGGACUCUCGCCUCUGGCCGAAGAUCCAGGGGCUCUUCAGCUCCGCCAACUCUCCCUUCGUCCCUGGCUUUAGCCAGUCCUUAACGCUGAGCACAGGCUUCAGAGUCAUCAAGAAAAAGCUGUACAGCUCAGAGCAGCUGCUCAUUGAGGAGUGUUGAACCUCGGCCUGGGUGAGGGGCACAGUGCCCCCCACGGCAGAGGCAACGGAACUUUUGGGGUUGGAGACCAGUAGGCAGGGGCUGAGGGACUGAUGCCUGUGUUAGAAGACUGACAACAGCCACCUGAGGGAAAGAGAUGGAGGUGGGGGACUAGUGUUUCCUGGGAAGCUCAUGGGGUCUUGCACAGGUGGCUCCCCAGUGGGGCAAAUGCCCCUCAGUACUGUAGCAUGAAACAAAGGCUUAGGGGCCAAUCAGGCUUCUGGCUGGAUGUGUAUGUAGCAUGUACCUUGUUAUUUUUAUUAUUACUGACAGUUAAAACAACAGUGGUGUGACAGAGGCAGGAGGGCAGCUGGGCUGCUCUGGCCUCUGAGGGUUGUGUGUUCAUGGUAGUGGACAGGAGGGAGGGGGGAGUUCAUGGAGGUGGUUUGUAUCAUGGUCUGAAGGGACCAAGUGUGUUUGUUGUAUUUUUUUUUUUUUAUCUUUUUGUUUCUCGGAUUGGAGCUUCACUACUGACCUGUUCUAGGCAGCUAUCUUACAGACGCAUGAAUGUAAGAGUAGGAAAAGCAGGUGUUGGGAUCACUUGAGAUCUUUGACACUUGAAGAAAAAAAUACACCUGGGAGCUGCGUCCACCCCAUCCCCACCCCAUUUCUGGAGAGUUGAACUGUGAGGGGAUGGGGCUGAGUGGAGCUGGGGGCUGGAACCCCCUCCCCCAGAGGAGUGCCAUCUGGGUCUUCCAUCUAGAACUGUUUACAUGAAGAUACUCACUGUUCAUGAAUACACUUGAUGUUCAAGUAUUAAGACCUAUGCAAUAUUUUUUACUUUUCUAAUAAACAUGUUUGUUAAAACA